AUGGCUAAACAGACUGCAUCUGAAAUUAUCUUCAUAACACUGAACCACAACGUCACCCUUAUAGGGAAAGCAUGGCUUGUCCUGGUGAUAUUCCUAAGGAUCCUGAUCUUGCUGUUUGCUGGUUAUCCCCUCUUCCGGGAUGAGCAGGAAAGAUUUGUUUGUAACACCAUUCAGCCCGGUUGUGCCAAUGUGUGCUACGACAUGUUUGCCCCUCUCUCCCUUUUCCGAUUCUGGCUGGUGCAGCUCACCACCCUGUGCCUUCCCUAUAUGAUGUUUGUCACUUAUGUGAUCCACAAACUGACUGCUGAUAGCAGAACUUCUGAGUCCAUAAAAGCGGACUCUAUCUAUAAGAUCCAUCAAGAACCAUUCAGAAAAUCAUCUCUUUGUAAGACUGUUGUUAAAGCUGGGAAGGGCCAGGUGCAGUACUUCACAGGAGCCUACAUCUUGCAUCUGUUGCUUCGGAUACUUAUAGAAGCUGGAUUUGGAGCUGCACAUUAUUACUUGUUUGGCUUCCAAAUCCCCAAACGCUUCAUGUGUCAGCAGCCACCUUGCACAACAACAGUGGACUGCUACAUCUCUAGACCCACUGAGAAAACCAUCAUGUUGAACUUCAUGUUGGGGGCAGCCACUCUGUCCUUGUUGCUAAAUGUGUGCGACCUAAUUUGUGGCGUCAUGCGCUCCGUGAGGCAAAAAAGCAAAGGAAAGAUGCUAGUAGAGAAGAUGUACGCAGAGGAGCAGUACUACUUGUCAGGGAAUGGAAAUCAAGGAGUGGACGCCAGCAUCCAGCCAACUCGAGAUGUGAUGGGACCAGGAGGUUACGGCAAAAGAGGGACCAGAAAAUCAAGUGGCUAUGAAGCUGCUUCCAUUUUUUUGGUUGAUGACCCUCCACCAACCUCAAGACUUGGAGGAAUGCCUGGCUCCAACAACAAUGAUGAUAGCAGCAGCUACCAACCCAACCAAGAAGAGGGGAUGGUAAGAGAGGGCAGUGAAGUGGCAUUGUGCCCCAGAGGGCCUUUGGGGACUCCUAGAUCCAUUAAAGUUAGCAAACGCAGUCGUCUCAAACCUCCACCGCCACCACAAAGAGACAAACUAGCUACUCAAGGUGCAAUUGAUGUCUCAGGAGCAACAGCUGUGUGCACCAGAAGAUUAGGGCAAUAUACUCUGGUAGAAAUGACCACCGGUGAGGACAUACCAACUUGCAAUGGAGAUGGACAAGAGAAGAGGUCGGAAUGGGUUUGA